CAGAAGGAGAACCCCAAAUUCUCCUUUCUCUUCGGGGGCGACUUCUACGGCUACUACAAGUACAAGCUGGCCCUGGAGCAGCAGCAGCGUGAGUGGGGCCUGCGGCUCGGGCAGGGCCGGCUCGGGGCUCCCUCCCUCGCCGGCCGCGGGGUCUCGGGGUCGGCCGGCGGAGACACUUUUGUCUCUUCUGGUCUCGUCCUGCUCCGCCGGGACCGGUUUGCAGCCUCUUCCUGCGCUCGGGGUUCCCGGUAGUUGGCUCAGCGCUGCCCACGGCUCCUCACGGCCCCGGUUGUGGGUUUGGAGGCGGGGAGCGGCAGGGACGGGCAGCGUGGUGAGACGGAGCUCGGCACCUGGAGAGCCGGAACUCACUCGGCUUGUCCUGGAGUUGUCCCUCUGGAAGUGCACAGGGAGUUGCUGACUCUCCUCUUUGGCACCAUCCACCUGUGAUUUUGCGUUAACCGUAGAAUCAUAGAAUAUGCUGAGUUGGAAGGGACCCAUCAGGAUCAUCGAGUCCAACUCCUGGCCCUGCACAGGACGCCCCAAGAUUCCCACCAAGUGUCAGAGCAUUGUCCAAGCAGCUCUGGAGACCCCUCUCACCCCCUCAGAGCGAGGCUCUGUUUGGAACUGGUGCCAUUUUCACCCGUGGGCUGGUGGUAGCAGGUUUCUCUGGGAGGUUUACUUUCAAAGUUUACUCUGUCUGAUAGUGUUGUGCAAGCAAAGCCAAGAUAUCGAGGCUUCCGCACAGAUCCAGCCCCUGCCACAGCCAUCGCUCCCGCCGGCUGCACCCAUCCCAGCCCCUCAGGGCACCCCGUCUGUGGAGGAGCUCAUCCAGCAGAGUCAGUGGAACCUGCAGCAGCAGGAGCAGCAUCUCCUGGCUAUGAGACAGGAACAAGUCACAUCAGCAGUAGCCCUUGCAAUCGAGCAACAAAUGCAAAAAGUUUUGGAGGAAACCCAGUUAGAUAUGAAUGAAUUUGACAACUUGUUGCAGCCAAUAAUUGACACUUGCACAAAAGAUGCAAUCUCAGCUGGCAAGAACUGGAUGUUCAGUAAUGCCAAGUCUCCUGCACACUGUGAGCUGAUGGCCGGGCACCUGCGGAACCGGAUAACCGCGGACGGCGCUCACUUCGAGCUGCGCCUGCACCUCAUCUACCUAAUCAAUGAUGUCCUGCAUCACUGCCAGAGGAAGCAAGCACGAGAUCUUCUGGCUGCUUUACAGAAGGUGGUUGUGCCUAUUUAUUGUACCAGUUUUCUAGCAGUGGAGGAGGAUAAGCAACAGAAAAUAGCCAGACUUCUUCAGCUAUGGGAGAAAAAUGGGUACUUUGAUGAGUCCAUUAUUCAGCAGUUACAAAGCCCAGCUCUUGGACUUGGCCAGUACCAGGCAAAUUUGAUCACUGAAUAUGCAACGGUUGUGCAGCCUGUGCAAGUGGCUUUCCAACAGCAGAUUCAGAACCUGAAGACUCAACACGAGGAGUUUGUGAACAGUUUAACACAGCAGCAGCAGCAGCAACAGAUCCAAAUACCCCCACUAGAGAACGAGGUGAAAUCAACACCCCCACCUCAAGCCCCCACAGCAGCCCCAACCUCAGCUCCACCAUCUGUUCCAGUCACACAAGCAGAUGAUGGUAAAUCUCAGCUGCCUCUGGCUGGUUCUACAGAGUAUGACACAACCGGGUCUGGAGUGCAGGAUCCUGCCUCAGGUGGACCACGUGGGCCUGGAUCUCAUGAUCAGAUUCCCCCAAAUAAACCACCCUGGUUUGACCAACCUCACCCUGUUGCACCGUGGGGUCAACAACAGGGACCACCUCACUGUCCUCCCUGGAAUAACAACCACGAAGGAAUGUGGAACGAACAGAGAGAUCAGGGCUGGAACAAUCAGCGAGAGACACCUUGGAACAACCAGCCUGAUCCUUCGUGGAACAACCAGUUUGAAGCACCAUGGAACAACCAGCAUGAGCAGCCUCCAUGGGGUGGGGGUCAGAGGGAACCUCCAUUUCGAAUGCAGCGGCCACCUCACUUCAGAGGCCCAUUUCCUCCACAUCAGCAACAUCCCCAAUUCAACCAGCCCCCGCAUCCGCAUAAUUUCAACCGCUUUCCACCUCGCUUCAUGCAGGAUGAUUUUCCACCUCGCCAUCCCUUUGAAAGGCCUCCUUAUCCUCAUCGUUUUGAUUACCCCCAGGGGGAUUUCCCUCAAGAAAUUGGACCUCCUCAUCAUCAUCCUGGUCACAGAUUGCCUCAUCCUGGUAUCAGCGAGCAUCCCCCCUGGGGAGGGCCACAGCACCCAGAUUUUGGGCCUCCCCCACAUGGAUUUAACGGGCAGCCCCCUCACAUGCGGCGCCAAGGGCCCCCUCACAUGAACCACGAUGAUCCCAGCCUGGUGCCAAACGUUCCCUACUUUGAUCUUCCUGCUGGCCUGAUGGCUCCACUUGUCAAACUUGAAGAUCACGAGUAUAAACCUUUAGAUCCCAAAGAUAUACGUCUUCCACCUCCAAUGCCCCCCAGUGAGAGACUUCUGGCUGCAGUUGAGGCAUUUUAUAGUCCACCAUCUCAUGACAGGCCUAGAAACAGUGAAGGAUGGGAGCAGAACGGACUGUAUGAAUUCUUCAGAGCUAAAAUGAGAGCAAGGCGGAGGAAAGGUCAAGAGAAGAGAAAUAGUGGGCCGUCUCGGUCUCGCAGUCGCUCCAAAAGCCGAGGUCGUUCAUCUUCUCGGUCUCACUCGCGAUCUUCAAAAUCAUCCGGCUCCUACUCGAGAUCCCGCUCUCGCUCCUGCUCUCGGUCGCGAUCCUAUUCCCGCUCACAGUCCAGGAGCCGGAGCAGGUCCCGCUCCUCGCACAGCCGAUCGCGCUCUCGCUCCCGGUCUCGCUCCAAGUCCUACUCCCCAGGGAGGCGGCGCCGCUCCCGCUCUCGCAGCCCCACUCCUCCUUCUUCUGCUGGUUUGGGCUCCAGUUCUGGGCCUUCUAUACCAGAAUCGAGACUUGGAGAAGAAAAUAAAGGCCAUCAAAUGCUAGUGAAAAUGGGAUGGAGUGGAUCUGGUGGAUUGGGAGCCAAGGAGCAAGGAAUUCAAGAUCCAAUUAAAGGAGGUGACAUCCGAGACAAAUGGGAUCAGUACAAAGGAGUGGGAGUUGCAUUGGACGACCCUUACGAAAACUACAGAAGAAAUAAAAGUUACUCAUUUAUCGCACGCAUGAAGGCCAGGGAUGAAUGUAAGUGAACGUUUCUCAGCAAUUUAGAAACCUCUAUGAACUUGAAAGUGAUUUUUGUAAACCCAAAUCAAAAUAGCAGUAGCUGUUAUUUUUUUCUAAUGUGACUGAUACAGUAAAACAGCAGGUAAGUGGAUGUGUACUCUGAUUAACACAGCAAGUUUUUCUUUUUAGGCAUUGUGUUGUGUUUUCAUUUCUGAAAUGUUCAUUAAUAAGCGUGUUCUGUGUAAGUCACUUCCUGGCUGCAGUACUGAGCACCUGCAUCUUUGAAUGUUGCCCUCCAAAAUCUUGAAGCAGUCACAAAGUUCUGGAGGGGGAGCUGUGCCACACAAGGGACAGCUGCCACAGCAGGGAGGUGCUUGUGGUUGGAACCAAGUCAGGCCAUGCUUACUGUUCACCCUGCCCUAAUCAGAAUUUCCUACCAUUAGUAUCACAUUCUGCCAAAGCCAGACUUUGUAAUAAAUUCCCUGUAGUGCAGGAAGGGUUCAGAAAAAAGACAAUUACCCCAAAUGAUGGAUUUGUGCAGAGAGUCUGUGAUACAUUGAACAUUGGCACUUGUCAACAGCUAAAAGGAAAAAGCUGGCAUGCUCAAUGAAAUGUCACUUCUGCCUCUGGAUCAGUGCAAUCAAAUGGGUUCAAAUAGAGCCCAUAAGGAAAAAUUCCUUAUUAACAGAACCCUCAUUCCACCAAACACUGCAGACAGCUUAGGAAACUGCAGAAUGUGUAAGAACUCUUCUCCCUGUUGUUUCAGUGAAUCAUGAAACACAAGACCCUUCACCAUCCAAGUAAGACUCUCUGAAGAAAGAUGUCUUGCAUCUUCUGCAAAACAUUAAACUUUUAGAAAUCCUGAUUAAAGUCUGGACAAAGUGACAAAUUAUGUUAAAACUAUGGUGAAAAAUUGAAAGCUAUGACAUAUACUUCAAUACUUGUCAAUUAGUGCUUAAAACAGCCAGUUGUUACUAUGACAUGUCUAGCAAGUUUAAAAAUUCCCAAUUUUCUUGCAAAACUUUCCCAUUAGUUCCCCAUUUUAUAGUAGAAUUAAACCCCACUCAAACUGCUCCUGGUGCAGGACUGUGCCUCGUUCAUUCCUGUGGAAAACAGACAUUAUGUGAUGUGGUUGCAUGUUCUCUAGUUCCAUAAUGUA